GCCGCUCCGAGGAGCCUGAGAGACCCACGGACGCUUCGCGGGAAGACGCGGCGGCGGAGGAUGAGCCUGCAGAGCGCGCAGUAUCUCCGCAGACAAGAUUCCUAUCCAAAUGAAUAAAUUGAGAAGUGUUAUUUAAUGAGAGGAUAAAAAAUAAUACAUUCUUACACUAUGUAAAAGAAGAAAUGGUCCUAGAUGUGAGAAUUCUGGAUGUGGAAAUUUACUACUCAAAUUGGAGAAAAACUCAGAGUAUUUUCUCAUUUGAUUUAUGACAAAAUGGAAAGACUUUCAAAGACUUUGACAUCUCUGUUGAGUAAAAGGUAAGGGUGUAUUGAAUAUAGUUCAUUUGGUGGGUGUGGGAGAAGGGUGAGGAUAGGCCACAGAUGAGGUAGAGGGUGAGGUAUAGUAUCAUUCUUUAAAAGAAUGGUAUUUUGAAAGAAUACAAAUAUGGAAAUUAAAAUAUCAAAGUUGGAAAAGCAGAGGUGGGGAAAGUAUUGAAGUACCAGACAGGGAAGACAUCAUCAAAGUUGUUUUGGAAGAUGAGAAAGUAAAAUAAUCAUAGCCGUAGGGGAAUACCAGUCAGGCAGGUCAGAUCUUGUUAUAAAAAGGUGGCACAGGUGCCACUGAAUGAUAUCUCUUGGUGCCGUGGGAGGCACUGUUCAUACUGUGUUCACACUCCAAUUUUCCGCCCUUCACUGUUCUCCUCUUUUUGUCUUUAAUUUCUACCUAUGCUGUAGACUUUCCACUUAGAGCCACUUGGUGACCAGUGCUAGACCCCUUUAAGGAAAAGAUACACAAAUUGUCCCUUUUGCCAGAAUUUUUUUGCUUUAUACCUCUAUUAGUGAAGAGCCGAAUUCUGCUGGCACACUUCUUUGUCAGAAACUUUGUUACCGUAAGUAGAAGUAAUACAGCAGCUACAAGGCUGUUUCCUAGGAUAGGCUGGUUAAAGUAGCAGGUAGAGCUUUAUCAUGGGACAGAGAAGUUAGUGGAAACGUUUGAUUGGAAUAUGUGUACUAAAUAGCAUAGACUCCAGGUUCUAGAAGAAUCUGGUAAUAUUGGGUUGUGUAUUUACUGUCUGGAAGCUUCAAGAAGUACCAUAGCACAUGCUGACAUUAACUCAUGUGAUCUACAAUGCCUUCUUCCCUUUGCCCUGUUCCCCUUCUUCACCAAACACAAGAUGUAAAGUAGCUUUGGUCCCAGAAAAUUAAUGAAAUAUGGUAUCACUAUAUAAAAUUAUUUGGAAUAAAUUACUGUCUCUUGAGGUAUGUGAGUCUCUUAUUUGUUAUAAGACUUUAUUUGUUAAUAGUGUUUUACCUGCUUGGAUAUUGACUGGCUAAAUUAUUUUGGCAGUUAAUUUCUGCUUCCCUUGUGGUUUCAGUUGGAUUCAAAAUUUAUACUUCCUGUCCUAGCUUGUUUCAUUUCUUUGCAUUCUAACAGCUGCUGUGUUCUACCUUAGUGGUAGAUGAAGCAAUUGUCAACUUUUUUUUUUUUAGUGGAUAUGUAAAGCAACUUUUUUAUGAGGCAGUUUUGGAGCGAAGGGUGGUUCAGACUUCAAAAAGUCUACUUUGCUUUAUACUGGAGGAAAAUUGUUUGCUGUCUCCAACUACAUCUCUGACCCUGGAUAGCCUUUUAGAUUUUUGUUAUUAGUGGUAUGAACGAAUACCUGAAAGUUUAGGUAAGUUACCUUAACUGACUAAUGUUGUUCAGAAGAUAAAUUGCUAAGCAGAUACCUUACUGAUAGUGGAUUUUUCAUGUGGAUAUGUUUGCAAUGCUCAUCAUAUAUUGCCAUUUAAGUUUUGCAGUCCAGCUGUAGUUUAGUAGUUGUGUUUUUGUGACUAGACUUAACAGUGGUCUGGGAGAUUGUAACUAAGAAGGGCUAAUCAGCAGUUCCAGGAAAAUUAUAGGGAUGGAGUUUUGGCAAAUGUCACUAAGUAAGUGAGAACUUGUAAGCAGCUCCUUUCUUGUUAGUGUGUAAGUGGAGCUGAAUAAGAAGGUUGCUUUCACUCUCCCUUCGACCCAAUUCUUAGCUGGUGGAGAGAAGAGGUGACUCUCUUCAUUGUUGAAGAAAGCUUUAGGAAUCGUAGGUAGACUAAGUUCAGUUUUUUGUUUUCCUCGUCUGCUUCAUUUAGAACAGAAUUUCUCAACCUUGGCACUUAUUGACAUUUCAGAGCAGAUAAUUCUUUGUUGUAGGGAGUUGUUCUGUGCAUUGUGGGAUGUUUAGCAGUACCUGGCCUCUACCCACUAGAUGCCAGUGUCAUUCCCACCCGUUUGUUACGGCCAGACGUGUCUCCACACAUUGCCUGAGGUGCAAAUUCACCCCCAGUUUAGAACCACUGAUUUAGGAAUAUAUGUAGGAAAGGUAUAUUGUAUAUGCACGGUGUGGGUUCGUUUCUUAUUUUCUCCUCCUCCAAGCCACCAAUUAAUUCUUACGCUUCUCUUAUCAGGUAUCUCUGAGGUAGGAAUUGGCUAGUUACCACAUUUAGAAGAGUCCCUGGGUGGCACAAACUGUAUACCCAACUAGUAAAGCCCACCUUUAUACCCAAACUACUAACUGAAAGGUGGGUUGGUGUUUCAGACCCACCCAGAGGUGCCUCAAAAUAAGGCCUGGCAAUCUGCUCCCAAAAGGUCACAACCAUGAAAACCUUCUGGAGCACAGUUCUACUCUGCAACACAUGGGGUCGCCACUAAUUGGAAUUGACUCAACAGCAACUGAUAAAACUGGUAAUCAUGUUUAGACUUUACCCGUAAACGCUUGUACAUAUUUAAAUUUUUUUAAGUUUAUUUUACUGGCAAUUAUUGAAUACUUAAUAUGUACAGAACACAAUCAUAGGGGUUUUGCCAAUGGGAAACUCAGAUACUAGAAAAAGACUUACGUAACUGUAAUAGCAGAUGAAUUGGUAAGUGCUGAUAGGAAAACAGUGAUACUGUGUGAAUAUAGGGAAAAAGGGACUUAACUCCAAAAGAGCUGGAGGUGGGAUGAGGAGGGUUUCUUGGAGGGGUUGAGAUUUGAUCUGGAUCCUGAAAGAUGGCUGGGACUUUUAAUCGUGGAUAUUGGGCACAUUGACAUUCAGGCAAAAGGAAUAGCUCAUGGCUUUUUUAUUACGUAUUUACAAAAUUUCAUUCAUUCCCGUUUAAUACAUGGCAUUUGUAUUUUGAUCAGACUUUUCUGAGUUGUUCUUAGAUAAAAUAGGUUUAUGGACAAAGUAGAGAGUUGGAAGUGGUAGUUCUGCGGAGUUGAUGUCUGGUAUGGACACUGAAAAGGGAAAGGCAUUUUCGUUAGGUAACUUCCUAUAGAAUCCCUUCCUUAAUUGUGCUCUUGAUUCUGUACCAUUCCCGUUGAGCCUUAUUUUAGUUGUGCUGUCUCUCUCUUUUAAUCUCUUUAAUUACAAUAUUGCCAUUUACUAAUCUUCUUCUCUGGGAACUAACCUAGAUUUUUCCAUAAAAUUUUUUUCCUACUCCUGCCUUCCCUUUAAGCCCUGUCCUUUAUGGCUCUUUUAAGUUUGUCCUAUACUGUGUUUUUCCUUUUAUUUACCUUCUACUUUUCCUUAAUCCCUUGUAAUCCAGCUGUUUUUUCUUAGCACUUUAUUGGAAUUGAUAUUUCCAAAGGUACCAGAGACCUCCUAAUGACCAAAUUCGUCCUUAGAUUGUUUUCCUUUCUCUGUCAUACCCAUAAUUUAGUUUUCCUUGCCAUCUUUCUGUGUCCCUUGUUAUCGUAUCUAUUCUUCUCACCAGUAAGCAUUCAGUUUAGGCCAAGGCAUAUGCCAGGUCCCCGGGAAUAAAAAAGAGAACACGCACUUAAAUAGAUUUAUCAGACUGAAAAGUGAGUGCAUAAUUACCACACGGUUUGUACCUGCUAUGGUAUGCACCAGGGCCUUAUGGGAAGUUCUUGAGCACUGUUGCUUUUAGCACUGAGAUUCCAGGGUUGUGAUUAUCCCACCUCUUAUUUAGUUUUCUUGGUCCACCUCACCUCACUAGCUCUAUAUUUGUUUUCCUCAGAUAUCACAUGUAUUCCUGGAACUUUUGCUGUCACCACAUCAUCAUUGUUUAAAACCUCUCAAGCAUCUACUUAGUACAGAUCAUUUUGCUGGGUCCCGCGGAGGCAAGCAGAAGUCCUGAAGGCUGACAUGACAGAUUCUAAGCUGGGUCCAGCUGAGGUCUGGACAUCCCGGCAGGCUCUGCAGGACCUGUACCAGAAAAUGCUAGUUACUGAUUUGGAAUACGCUUUAGACAAGAAAGUAGAACAGGAUCUCUGGAAUCAUGCCUUUAAGAAUCAGAUCACAACACUACAAGGCCAGGCAAAGAAUCGAGCAAACCCGAAUCGGAGUGAAGUUCAGGCAAACCUUUCUCUGUUCCUAGAGGCAGCUAGUGGCUUCUAUACUCAGUUAUUACAAGAGCUGUGUACAGUGUUUAAUGUAGACUUACCAUGCCGUGUGAAGUCUUCCCAAUUGGGGAUUAUCAGCAAUAAACAGACGCAUACCAGCGCCAUAGUGAAGCCACAGUCUAGCUCCUGUUCAUAUAUCUGCCAGCACUGCCUCGUCCACCUUGGAGACAUUGCUCGAUACAGAAACCAGACCAGCCAGGCGGAGUCCUACUAUAGGCAUGCAGCUCAGCUUGUCCCCUCCAAUGGUCAGCCUUACAAUCAGUUGGCUAUCUUAGCUUCUUCCAAAGGAGACCAUCUGACCACAAUUUUCUACUACUGCAGAAGUAUUGCUGUGAAGUUCCCUUUCCCAGCUGCCUCCACUAAUCUACAAAAAGCACUUUCUAAAGCACUGGAAAGCCGAGAUGAGGUGAAAACCAAAUGGGGUGUUUCUGACUUCAUCAAGGCCUUUAUUAAAUUCCACGGUCAUGUGUACCUGAGUAAGAGUUUGGAAAAAUUGAGCCCUCUUCGAGAGAAAUUGGAAGAACAGUUUAAGAGGCUGCUAUUCCAAAAAGCUUUCAACUCUCAGCAGUUAGUUCAUGUCACUGUCAUUAACCUGUUUCAACUUCAUCACCUUCGUGACUUUAGCAAUGAAACGGAGCAACAUAGUUAUAGCCAAGAUGAGCAGCUGUGUUGGACACAGUUGCUGGCCCUCUUUAUGUCUUUUCUUGGCAUCUUGUGCAAGUGUCCUCUCCGGAACGGGUCUCAGGAGGAGUCCUACAAUGCUUACCCCCUCCCUGCAGUCAAAGUCUCCAUGGACUGGCUGAGACUCAGACCCAGGGUCUUUCAGGAGGCAGUGGUGGAUGAAAAACAGUACAUUUGGCCCUGGCUAAUUUCUCUCCUAAAUAGUUUCCAUCCCCAUGAAGAGGACCUCUCAAGUACUAACGCUACCCCACUUCCAGAAGAGUUUGAGUUACAAGGAUUCUUGGCUUUGAGACCUUCUUUCAGGAACUUGGAUUUUUCCAAAGGCCACCAGGGUAUUACAGGAGACAAAGAGGGUCAGCAACGACGAAUACGGCAGCAGCGCUUAAUCUCUAUAGGCAAAUGGAUCGCUGAUAAUCAACCAAGGCUGAUUCAGUGUGAAAAUGAGGUAGGGAAAUUGUUGUUUAUCACAGAAAUCCCAGAGUUAAUACUGGAAGACCCUAGUGAAGCCAAAGAGAAUCUCAUUCUGCAAGAAACAUCUAUCAUAGAGUCACUGUCUGCAGACGGGAGCCCGGGACUGAAAUCAGUGCUAUCUACGGGCCGAAAUCUAAGCAACAGCUGUGACACAGGGGAGAAACCAGUGGUCACUUUCAAAGAGAACAUUAAGCCACGAGAAGUGAACAGAGACCAAGGAAGAAGUUUUCCUCCCAAAGAGGUGAGAAGGGACUAUAGCAAAGGAAUAACUGUAACUAAGAAUGAUGGAAAGAAGGACAACACCAAGAGGAAAACUGAAACCAAGAAAUGCACCUUAGAAAAGUUACAGGAAACAGGAAAGCAGAAUGUGGCAGUGCAGGUAAAAUCCCAGACAGAACUAAGAAAGACUCCAGUGUCUGAAGCCAGGAAAACACCUGGAACUCAAACCCCAAGUCAAGCAAGCAACUCCCAGUUUAUCCCCAUCCAUCACCCUGGAGCCUUCCCUCCCCUUCCCAGCCGGCCAGGGUUCCCGCCCCCAACAUAUGUUAUCCCCCCUCCUGUGGCAUUUUCUAUGGGCUCAGGUUAUACCUUCCCAGCUGGUGUUUCUGUCCCAGGAACCUUUCUUCAGCCUACAGCUCACUCUCCAGCAGGAAACCAGGUGCAAGCUGGGAAACAGUCCCACAUUCCUUACAGCCAGCAACGGCCCUCUGGACCAGGGCCAAUGAACCAGGGACCUCAACAAUCACAGCCACCUUCCCAGCAACCCCUUACAUCUUUACCAGCUCAGCCAGCAGCACAGCCUACAAGCCAGUUGCAGGUUCAAGCGCUCGCUCAGCAACAGCAGUCCCCUACAAAAGCUGUGUCGGCUUUGGGGAACAGCCCUCCUCACCACUCCGGAUUCCAGCAGUAUCAACAGGCAGAUGCCUCCAAACAACUAUGGAAUCCCCCUCAGGUUCAAGGCCCAUUAGGGAAAAUCAUGCCUGUGAAACAGCCCUACUACCUUCAGACCCAAGACCCCAUAAAACUGUUUGAGCCGUCAUUGCAACCUCCUGUAAUGCAGCAGCAGCCUCUAGAGAAGAAGAUGAAGCCUUUUCCCAUGGAGCCAUAUAACCAUAGUCCCUCAGAAGUCAAGGUCCCAGAAUUCUACUGGGAUUCUUCCUACAACAUGGCUGAUAACAGAGCUGCGAUGGCACAACAAGCAAAUAUGGACCGCAGGGGCAAACGGUCACCAGGAGCCUUCCGUCCAGAACAGGAUCCCGUGCCCAGGAUGCCGUUUGAGGACCCCAAGAGCUCCCCUCUGCUUCCUCCGGACCUGUUAAAGAGUCUGGCUGCCUUGGAGGAAGAGGAAGAGCUGAUUUUUUCUAACCCUCCUGAUCUUUACCCAGCCCUGCUGGGGCCUCUCGCCUCUCUUCCUGGACGAAGCCUCUUUAAAUCCUUAUUGGAGAAGCCCUCAGAGCUUAUGUCACAUUCAUCCUCUUUCUUGUCCCUCACCGGAUUCUCUCUCAAUCAGGAAAGAUACCCAAAUAAUAGUGUGUUCAAUGAGGUAUAUGGGAAAAACCUGACAACCAGCUCCAAAGCAGAACUCAGUCCCUCAAUGGCCCCCCAGGAAACGUCACUGUACUCGCUUUUUGAAGGAACUCCAUGGUCUCCAUCACUUCCUGCCAGUUCAGAUCAUUCAACACCAGCCAGCCAAUCUCCUCAUUCAUCCAACCCAAGCAGUCUGCCAAGCUCUCCUCCAACACACAAUCAUAAUUCUGUUCCAUUUUCCAACUUCGGACCCAUUGGGACCCCAGAUAACAGGGAUAGGAGGAUUGCAGAUCGAUGGAAAACAGAUAAGCCAGCCAUGGGUGGGUUUGGCAUUGAUUAUCUCUCAGCAACAUCAUCUUCUGAGAGCAGUUGGCAUCCGGCCAGCACUCCAAGUGGCACCUGGGCAGGCCAUGGCCCCUCCAUGGAGGAUUCCUCAGCUGUCCUCAUGGAAAGUCUAAAGUCUAUCUGGUCCAGUUCCAUGAUGCAUCCUGGACCUUCCGCUCUGGAGCAGCUGCUAAUGCAGCAGAAGCAGAAACAGCAGCGGGGACAAGGCACCAUGAACCCACCACACUGAGGCCAAAGUGGCAACCCUGGGAAUGAAGGCUCCAUAAACCAUGGCAUGUUGGGCUUGCAGGACUGGCCCACACAGUCCCCUGCAGGUGGCAGCCCUCUUUUCUGUUCCUUGCUGUCAAGAGGGUGUAAGUGUUCCACCAGCCCGCUGAGUGUGCACGAAAUGUCCGCAGUGCAACCAAAAGAAAAACCCAUCAGGAACUCUCCGUCCCCCCUGGCCUUCCGGAGGGAGAGAGGAACUGCUGUUUGUCUCACUCAGUUACCUGAUAUCACCGCCUCUCACCUUCUCCAUUGUGCAUGUCCCCAGCCACAUGGGAAGUGAAAGCUGAGAAGGAAAGGCAGAUGGGAGAAGCCAAUGGGAACUUCUCAGUCCUUUUUUCCUCUUUGGGGAAUAAAAUAGGAAUCCAUCAAUGAUUGCUUUGCUGACUGAGAAUGUAGUUGAAACUAUUCCUGAACAUCUUUUAUUAUUGUUAUUCCUCUCAGUAGUAAAACGUCACACUGAAUUCUUCCAUACACAGAUGUGCUUCUAGUCAGUGUGUAGCAAGGAGAGCCCUGGUGACUGCUCCUGUGAGAGGAUGGUGGUGACAGGAUGGAGAAACUGACCUCUUUGGCCAGUGGAAGUAUUCUGUAAGGGAGAGUACACGGCCUCACCUUUCACUCAGAAGGUUCUGGUAGGCCCUCCCUGGCCUGGAGACCCAGCAGGGAAUGCCCUUCACUCUGUAGGUGCUUGAGCCCCAGUUGAGGAUGCAGUGUGGGUGGUGGUGCUGGGCUGGACUAGCAGGUGACUGCUGUAGGAUAUUAAAUUAAUGUCUUUGAUUCCUGUACAUUUUAUGGUAGCAUAGCAAGCAGUCUGACAGAAGGCAGGCUAGUUGGUCCAUUCAUGGCCUGACACAUUUUAAUAGGUAGAAGCUUUCAGUGUGGUUAUUUUUCGUUUGGUUGGUUUUUGUGCCCCACCUUACCACCCACCUCCUUCUGCCCCUACCUCCGUUGCUUUUCUGCCCUA